AUGGCCCAGCAAAGUCAGGAGGCCAAGGGCGCCGAUCCGGACAGCAAUCCCGGUUCUGUUGAGCCCAACGCCAUGGCAUCGACUGAGGCUUCCGACAAGGAGCUCAGCCUGGAGCUGGCUGCCGGCUAUGGCACCCGCUCUCGCAAUCGGAAUGGCAAUUCACGGAUUAAUUACGCCGAGGACCGUGACUAUGACGCCGAAAUGUAUGAUUAUGAUCACGCGGACGCCAAAAAGUCGGCGCGCCAGACGCAGGCUGCUUCCCAGUGCGAUCGUGGUAACGCGACUUCGCGCAAGGCGUCAGGUGAGGAUGCGAAACCAGCCGCAUCCCAAAACGGGUCCAAAGAGCAGACUCCCAGCCGACAAAACGCGUCGCAAUCAAAAGAACAGACGACGGUCUCGACCCAGCCGUCAAGGAAGCGCAAGGCUGCGACUGCGGCGCAACAGGCAUCCAGCACCGGUGGUAGCACGCCAGCUGGCGCCACCGCGUCCAAGCGAGCAGCCUCGUCCGCACAGAAUUCAUCGUCAACGUUUCCGUGGCCCGAAACGAAUGUGCUAUCAUUUUCAGACACCGAGGCACGCCUGCAGCAAGGCGACCGACUGGUCGCCGACGAUGGGACAACUUUGGAGGCAAAUGAUCAGGUCUACUUGGUGUGCGAGCCAGCUGGCGAGCCAUACUACCUUGCUCGCAUCAUGGAGUUCCUCCACGUCGGCGGCAAGAAGACCAACCCGGUGCAUUCUAUCCGCGUCAAUUGGUUCUACCGGCCCAAAGAUAUUGGCCGUCGAUAUGACGAUAUGCGGCUGGUUUUUGCGACGAUGCACUCCGAUAUCCAGUCCUUGACCUCGCUCCGCGGCAAAUGUCGGAUUCUUCAUCGUGCCGAAAUCAGCAACCUGGACGACUAUCGACGCACGCCCGACUGCUUCUGGUAUGAAAAGCUGUAUGACAGAUACAUCCAGAAGAACUACGACCUGAUCCCGACGUCUCAAAUUGUCAACGUGCCCGAAAAGGUCAAGAAGGUGCUAGAUGAGCGCUGGCGGUUUGUGCUAGUCGAGCAGGGGCGUGGCAAGGAGCUCACUAGCGCCGUCAAGACAUGCAAGCGUUGCUCCAACUAUUGCGCCAGCAAUAACUCGGUGGAUUGCGCCGUGUGUCAUAAAACGUACCACAUGGAGUGCGUCCGGCCACCCUUGCUCAAGAAGCCGUCCCGUGGGUUUGGCUGGUCAUGUGCCGCGUGCAGUCGUAAGCAGGAAAUUGCACUCGAGGCUCGACACACGCCAAAUUUGUACGGCGACGCCGAGGAAGAAGAGCACUUGGAAGAGGAAGAAGAGGAGAUCCAAGCGGCUGCUACGGAUCGCUCGAUCUCUGUGGACGCAAAUGAAGAUGCACCCCACGAGGCUACCGCGGAGCAAGUCCACAAUGCCAAGUUAUGGCCAUGGCGGUACCUCGGCAUACAUUGCAAGGUCGAGGAUGUGCUGGACUACGAUGACCGUAUCCAUCCUCGCGCCGGCACCAGAAUUGGACCUCGCCAUCAGGCAGUGGUUCUGCCUUGGCCCGGGAGGCCAGUUCAGUACGUGAAACCGCCCGAGAAGAAGAAAGGCAAGAAAGCCGCUGCCGCCGCGAUCAUUCCUGCCGCUGAGCAGUACCCCAACGGACAACGGCCAGUAUGGGUACAGGACAUGCCACCGGGGUACAUCACGCGAGGUGAAGAUUCAGUCGAUCCAAACGACCCGAAUGCAUCUGCAAAGCUCAUUUGGAGACCGCCACCAGAGGGCGAUGUCGACGGCAAAAUCAAGAAAUUUGUCGAGGAGGCCAGAAGCAUGGCCAAAAGCCUCGGGUUACCAGAGAGGUCGACCAACGUCCAGGACGUGGCCUUGGAGCAUCUAUACCGAAAAGACUACUCGCCAGAAAAAGCGAAGAAAGCCCUUGCUGCCACACCAAAGGCCGACUUCAACGAGCCGUUACCCACAGCGACUGAGCAGAAGAAGUUCGACGAGGCCAUUGGCAAGUACGGUUCGGAGCUUUGGUCUGUGAAAAGGCAUGUUAAGACCAUGAAACCCGGCCACAUCACUCGGUACUACUACACGUGGAAGAAGACCGACCGAGGCCAGGCCAUCUGGAGCAACGUCACAGGACGAAAGGCCAAGAAGGAAGCCAAGCAAGCUGCUGUCGCAGCCCACAAGCUAGCCGACGAUGUUGCCGACGCAGAGGAUGACUCUGCCUUCGAUUCCGGUAAAGCGUCCGAGAUGAAGAAGAACUUCAUGUGUCAAUUCUGCCACUCUACGUCCUCCCGGCGCUGGCGUCGCGCGCCCAACGCUGCGGCUGGUCUCGUCAACGAGAAUGGCGUCAAGGCGACGAGCAAAGACAAAGGCACGCAGUAUCUUCAGGCGCUCUGCACUCGUUGCGCUGAAUUGUGGAGGCGUUAUGCGAUCAGGUGGGAAGAUUAUGAGGAGCUCGCCAAGAAGGCCGGCGCGACAGGGAACAAGGCUUGGAAGCGCAAGCUCGAUGAAGAAUUCGUCAAGGAACUUGAAGCUGCGAGCUCUCGGGGCAUUUCCACGCCUGAUCGCCCGGAAAGCCCUGUCCAAAAUGCCGUCAACGGCUCUGAGCCGCCUAGGAAGAAGCUCAAGAGCAAUGACAAGGACCCGGAAUCGGAUGGUGGCAGUGGCACAAGCCUCACCAAGAAGAAGGAAAAGGUCGUCCCCGAGGAGCCUGUCAUUCCUCCAAUGCCUCAACCUCGCACACUGCCGUGCGCUAUCUGCGAUCAGCUGGAGCCUCUUUCCGACCACGUUGCGUGUCGUGAGUGUCGGCUCUCCGUUCAUCGCCAGUGCUACGGCGUCGUGGACGGUCGGAACGCCGGCAAAUGGACCUGCGACAUGUGCGUCAACGACAGAAACCCGCAAGUGUCGACGUCCUACAGAUGCGUGCUCUGUCCAGUGGAGCAUACCGAACAUGAGCUGAUCGAGCAACCGAAGCUGACACACCACAAAAAGAAGAUGUCAGACAAGGACCGAGAAAGGGAGAAACUCGAGGUGCAGCAAGCACGCAAAGCGCUGGAACUGUACCGCAAGCAGCAGGAAGAGCUCAACCGCCCUCUUGGGCCACGGGAACCUCUCAAGCGGACUGCCGACAACAACUGGGUGCAUGUAUCGUGCGCAGUGUUCACACCCGAGGUCAAAUUUGGGAAUGCCAAGGCCAUGGAGCCCUCGGAAGGGAUCCCUUCCAUUGCACGCACCAGGUACGAAGAGACGUGCAGCGCCUGCAACAUCCCGUCUGGUGCUUGCGUGGGCUGCAUGGUUUGCAAGGCUUCAUAUCACGUUGAAUGUGCGCACAAGCAAGGCCACCAGCUUGGCUUCGAGCUGCUGCCCGUGAAAGGCUCACGCAGAGACCAGUCACUUCUCGUUACUAUCGACGGCGUAGCUGGAGUGCUGUCGCCCGGCCUCUGCUGCAAGGAUCACCCCCCGGCCAAGACGAACGCGCUCACGCAUCAAAUGCACGGCCGGACCGAUAAUCCUGCGCUGAGCGUGAUACAACUCUAUGUCCAGACAUACAAGCAAGCAGACUUGGCCUUGACGGGGACUGUGCGCAAAGCCAACACUGUGACCAUGGCGGCCAAGAUAUCCGCCACGGCUCUUCAGCCAGGACUGCGACGGCUUUCGACCACGACCACGACUGUGAGCAACGGCGCGACUGGCCAGCGCAACGGAGUCGCCCCCGAGACUUCGACCGACAAGAAGGCUGGCGAGAAGGUGUGCAUCAGUUGCGGAGUCGACACAAGCCCCCGAUGGUGGCCUAUCGACGCUGCGACCAGAGCUGGAGGCAGAGGUCCCUUCCAUACCAUGUUGAACGGUGUGCACUUGGGCGAGGAGGCAGAGAAAUAUGCUUCCCAACGGACAGUGCAGUGUCACAAAUGCCACGCCGCCAAGAUUCCAAUGCGGCCCAAGUCGCCUGUUGCCCUCUUGUCGCAGCCACCGCGUCCGAGAUCGAGAGCUGACCUCCCUGAGGCGGGCAUUGUUGCUGCAUCAGCUGCUGCACUCCGCAGUCCUGAGAGACGGGCACACAAUGUCGAGAGCAGAGAAGCCCGUUCGCUUCUCCAAGGGUGGCUGCCGCCCGCGUCUUUAUCACACACUCGAACGGGCCUCAACGGCCGGCUCACGCACAUCCUGGGUACUCCCCAAUCUCAGCCCACGGGCCACCUCCAGGCGGCGUGCCAUCGCAGCCCCUCCAAGCCCCCCAAGCGCCUUCGUACCAUGACUGGCCACCGCGCCCACCAAGCCAACAUGGCUCUCCACCGAGGCAUCUGA